AUGUCUAACACUAAAAUUACAAAUAAACUUUCAAUCGAAGAUAUUGAUGAUUUAACGGAGAAACGUGUUUUAAUGCGCGUUGACUUUAAUGUACCAUUUCAAGAUGGCAAAAUAUCAAAUAAUCAGCGCAUUGUAGCUGCCUUGCCCACUAUUAAUGAGGCUUUAAAAAAGGGUGCAAAAUGUAUUAUUCUGAUGUCUCAUCUAGGCCGUCCAAAUGGAAAGCCAAAUCCAAAGCAUUCACUUAAACCUGUUGCCGUUGAGGUUGGUAAACUAUUGGGUAGAGAUGUCUUGUUCUUGGAUGACUGUGUUGGUCCCAAAGUCAGGGAAACUUGUUUUAAAGCCAGUAAUGGGCAAGUGAUUUUGCUUGAAAAUCUUCGAUUCCAUAUAGAAGAAGAAGGUUCCACUAAGGAUGAUUCUGGAAAGAAGAUCAAAGCAUCUUCUGAUGAUUUAAAAACUUUCCGAGAUUCUUUAACAGAACUUGGAGAUCUAUAUAUUAAUGAUGCAUUUGGUACUGCACAUCGUGCUCAUAGCUCAAUGGUUGGUGUAGAUUUACCAGUUAAGGCUGCGGGACUUUUAUUAAAGAAAGAAUUAGAAUUCUUUGGAAAGGCUUUAGAAGAUCCAGAUCGUCCAUUUUUGGCAAUCCUUGGCGGCGCUAAAGUUUCUGAUAAAAUCCAAUUGAUCAAUAAUCUUCUCGAGAAGGUUAAUUCUAUGAUUAUUGGUGGUGGUAUGGUUUUUACCUUCAAAAAAGUUAUCAAUAAUAUGGAGAUCGGCAACUCGCUCUUUGAUGAAGAAGGAUCUAAAAUCGUAAAAGAAUUAGUUGAAAAGGCAAAAUCCCUUAAUGUUAAAUUGAUAUUUCCUACUAGUACUGCUACAGAUGAAUCUGGUAUUCCAGCAGGAUGGCUAGGUCUAGAUUCUGGUGAAAAAACCAAUGAAAUUUUUACUGAAGCCAUUUGUGAGGCAAAGACUAUUCUCUGGAAUGGUCCUCCAGGUGUUUUUGAAUUUGAGAAAUUUUCAAAAGGAACAAAAGUAGUAUUAGAUGCAGUCAUCAAGGCUACAGAAAGAGGUGCUAAGACUAUUGUUGGAGGUGGUGAUACUGCAACAGCCGUUGCUAAAUGGUGUGCUGAAGAUAAAAUUUCACAUGUCAGCACCGGUGGUGGUGCUAGUUUGGAGUUACUUGAAGGUAAAGUGCUACCUGGUGUUUCUGCUCUUACUGAUAAGUCUUAA